GACAUGACAGAGAGAGAGAGAGGGAGGGAGAUUAAACCCAGUGAUCCAAGUCUGAAGCAAUGCCAGCCAGGAGGCAGCUGUUUCCCACUGAGAAGAGGUGUCUUGGUUUACCUCAGCUCACUGUUGGGGUGCUCCAUGCUGGAGGAAGAGACAGAGGAGUUUCAGGUUGCUGUGGGCCCCCUUGUGCAGAUUUCAGGACGCUGGCCAAAGAAUGUGUCUACCAUGCAAGAACAUGUCCAAGUCCCUGAAGAAGAUAGUGGAGGAGAGCAGGGAUAAGAGUCUGCCUGAGGUGGAUAUGUGCGACAGGGGGAUCUCCAACAUGCUCGACAUUCCUGGGUUGUUCACCUUGUCCAACAUAACACAACUUGUCCUGAGCCACAACAAACUUUCAACUGUGCCCCCAAACAUUGCUGACCUUAAGAACUUGGAAGUGCUGAACAUGUUCAACAAUCAGAUAGAGGAGUUGCCCACCCAGAUCAGCAGCCUUCAGAAGCUCAAACAUCUGAAUCUAGGGAUGAACAGGUUAAGUUCACUGCCCAGAGGGUUUGGUUCUCUCCCAGCACUGGAAGUCCUGGAUCUCACCUACAACAAUCUGAAUGAAUCUUCACUGCCAGGAAACUUCUUUUACCUUACCACCCUGCGCGCACUCUAUCUCAGUGACAACGACUUUGAGAUCCUGCCCCCAGACAUCGGCAAGCUGGCCAAGCUGCAGAUAUUGAGUCUGAGGGAUAACGAUCUGAUCUCCUUGCCUAAAGAGAUAGGAGAUCUGGCUCAGCUGAAGGAGCUGCAUAUCCAGGGCAACAGACUUACAGUGCUGCCUCCUGAACUGGGUAAUCUGGACCUGACUGGCCCAAAGCAGGUGUUUAAAGCAGAGAAUAACCCCUGGGUGACUCCAAUCGCAGACCAGUUCCAGCUGGGAGUCUCUCAUGUCUUUGAAUAUGUCCGCUCUGAGACCUAUAAGUAUCUUUAUGGGCGACACAUGCAGGCCAACCCUGAAGCACCUAAAAAGAACAAUGACAAGUCCAAGAAGAUCAGCCGCAAGCCUCUGGCUGCCAGAAACAAGUGAAGAUGAGGAGAGAUGAUGUGGGGCCCUCGUCUGCCCUUUCCGAGCUGGACCUCACUGCAUGUGCCUUUGCUCACUUUUCUAUUUAUUUACCAAAGGAACACAGAUCAAUUUUUAUACUCUUUCUGUAUUGUGGUAUCACCUUCCGCAUGUGUGGCAGUGUCACCUUGUCCCUGCCAUGUCUCAGAACAGCCUUACUGAGUUGUUUUUUGCCUGCAUUUACUAUAUAGAGCCUCUUUAUUAACUUACUGUAUUAUAGUAGGUGCCUUUCUUCUUACUAUAUGCCCAAGUGUUACUUUAUUCCUAUUCAAGCUGAAUUUGAUAAAGUUUUCAGGAAAUUUUAUUUGUGUCCUCAAAUGAUCCCAAAAUAGCUUGAAUUAAAAUUGCCUAAUCUGAAUUCUCAUUUGUGAAUUUAAACAGGUUCAGACCAAACAAAACAAAAGUUAUAAGGAUAAAAUAUAACACCUUUAAGUAUUACGAUAAUAAGGUUUACGCAGAUUCAUAAUAAAGUAAAAUCACGUUGUCAUCCGUAAUCGGGUGAGACAAACCUCAUCAAGCUUGUUAAAGGGAUUUAAAAGCCAUAGUUUGCCAAAAAAUUUGUUUAUAUCUUACUGCAAAACACUGUGUAGAUUGUAGUUUUUAACAUAUUACAUUUUUAAUGUUUUAUUGCUGUUAUGCUGUUGUUAUUUGUUACAACUAAUCAGAACAAUCAAGUUCCAACUUUCUACUUUCUCAUUCCUGGAAAGGUUAUGCUAUCACUUUUAGGAAUGCCACCUAGCAAGGUUUAUUUUUUUAUUUCAUAAAUACAUUGUGUUGUAUUGAAUGGUACCUUAAAAUAACUACUUGUUUAGAACAUAAAAGCAUUAUAACAUUUAAUAUUAAUGGCAUUUUGUUGAGACCCCUAUUCUCAGCGACAUAUACUUUUACAUACCAAAAGUCAUGGAACAGGAGUGAUUAUCAUAUCCUCUGACUUUUGCCAUGUGCAAUGAAGGAUGAAGAAUCCUGCACUGGCUCCUCCUGCAUUGGAUGUGGAUGUGAUUUCUUGUGAAGUCAAACAUACAGUUCUAGCAGGAAGCUGCUGGUUACUUUCAUUACCACCCACCGUGCUGUCCAUUUCAAUCAAUCCAUGUACAUACAUACUCAUGUCCCAUGACUUUUGGCAUAUCUGUGUAGGUCAGUGUAGUGUUGGGAGUCUUGCCCAUGGACUAUUAUUGAUGUAGUGUGGAGUGCUUGCCCAGCUGUCCUGCCACAAUAAAAAAACAGUGUUGUUAACCACUACACUACUAACCAUAUACAUAUUAUACCUUCUCUGCGAAACAUAAUCUAUAUUUGUCCAUUUUCUUCCACUCUGAAUGUGAACAGUACAGUUUACUAUUCAGACAGACAAGUAGCAAAGCCGUCUGCAGUGGAGAAGAAAGAAUAUUAUCAUAUCUCAGUUUGAUUUGAGCUGUCUAAACAAGGCACGCAGCUUUUCUGUAGAGCAAUUUCUGUCCUCCGGCGCCGGGCUCAGCAGGGGUGGCUGUUGCGUAACCGGAGGGGGAUUUUGAAGGGGUUUUAGGGGUCUUAGCCAUGUCUGUGCAGGAUUGUAUCCUGCCUCCAGGGGCAUGCAUCUGUCUCUUCCCUCUUCCAUGGCUCUUGCUUUUAAUGACUGAUAUGAAUUGCUGCAAGUUUUGAAUGGUUUACAAAGUGGAGGCCAGUCCCACAGCAACUUCGCAGCUCAUUUAAGAGUGUUAACAAGUUAUUCAAACAAUAGACAGCUUGUUCUUGUAAAAACGCAUGUCCCGGAUGGUCAGCCAGGAGUGUUCAGUAUUGUUUGGAUCUGUCUCUCCAUGUACAUGAUGGUGCUGUUCUCAUGACUGUACUGUACCCAAACUGAUAAUCAUUGUGCGAGAACUCAAAUGUAAAGUUAUCUUUAAUAUAGUGAAAUUUAUAAAGUGGAUUAACGUAGGAUAGAAACUACAGAAUGCAACAAGGCCUGUUCGUAUGUGUUUGUCAAGUAUUGUUCAGGAUAUGUGGAAUAUUAUUUACUCUGGUCCUGAAAUAUUUCAUCACAAUGCUGAACGAAGAAUGUCAAAUGUCCCAAUCAUCAUAUGUCAUAUUUGUUGUUUGGAACUACUUUGAAUAAAAUAACUAAAAAAUA